GGCAGUAAGCUCGCGUUGAAUAAACAUCACACUUAAGAAUAUUUAAAUAGUUAUGAUUACAUUACAGUGUAAUUAUUGUUUUUUUUUUUUAAUUACAAAAAAAUGAUAUAGUAACAACACACAUAGACAUAACUAAAAAUCAUGUCUAUCAAUAUAUAGUCAGGCAUCAAGUCCUCUUCAAAACAACUACUGAUCAGAUUUCUAACCCAAAAAAACCUCAAACUAGAAAUCAAAAUUGUUUCCGGCGGUAUUGCCACUAAAGUACUGACUGGACUAUUUAAAAUUUCUUAGCAUUAAGAAUAUUUUGUCUUAAAUAGCAACCCAUCAAUGACAAAGAAUUGAUUGUUAGGAAAUAUUGUGGCCUAUAUUCCGUCUGUAAGAAAAUGCUACUUGUAUUUCUUUAUUAUAUUUAGAUUAUCUGGCCUUAAUUGCUCACAAUACAUUUACAUUCUAAUGAAUCAUUCCUUAGUUAUAUAGAAUAUUUCAGUACUUUAAUCCUUUAACAGCAUUUUCCAUCACUUAUUUUAAAUGUAACCUUUUGGUUAAUUGUCAAUAUAUGUGUCUGUGUAUAUACAUACAUACAUAUAUACACACACACACACAUAUAUAUAUAUAUAUAUAUAUAAUAUAAUGUUGCAUGAAUUGAGAAGUGCUGUCUUUAAAGUUGUAAUAAUUAUUAAUUCUUUUUAGAGCAGACGACGGCGUGGUUAUGGUUUAUAUAAUAUUCCAGGUUGUAGAGUGUGUAAAUAGGGUUCGUCCCAGAAGAACAAAUCAAAAGAAGAAUAAAAAUCAAAGGAGCAUUGGCUAGUCGUUUCAUGUGAAAGUCCGCAAGGGAAACGAGGAUAUAAAGCGAGACGGAGUAGCAUCCAGGAGCGCGCAACUGCGCCGAGGUCAAGGCACCCGAGCCUUGAUUUAUGGGCCGGGGGACCCCGGGCAGCUGCUGGUCACGAGCUAAUGAGUAUUCGAUCCAGAUUCAGAAAGAAACGAGGAAAGAAAAGAAGGAAGGAAGAAAGUAAGAAAGAAAGAUAGAUAGUCUUGAAUGAUUUCCAGUGCUGAAUGAUUUCAGGCGCUACAGGACCCAAAUGAACACCGGCUAACUGUUAAUCCACGUCUUCCUUUAAACCGCAAUCGUGUACAUUAUUAUUAUUAUUAUUAUUAUUAUUAUUAUUAUUAUUAUUAUUGUUAGACUGUAUAUAAUAUGGUAAGUGUAUACAGUCGCCACAUGACAUUUUAAAUAUGAGAUCAUCCUUAAGGCUGUUAUGUUAUUAUGCCGCGCUGUGGUAGCGUCUAUAAUGAAAAAGUAAAGAACUUUUCAUUUCCAUUUUCUUUCUACAGACUUAAAUGAAACUAACCUACUGGAGACUGUGUCCAUUGUACGGCCUAUUGUUACUCAUUGCUGUAGACUACAAUUUGGGUUUUUAAUGUUUAGGUAUGAACUUAUUGAACUAGAACGCAGCCAUUAUUAUGAGCUGCUGAGGAAAGGUUCACGGCGUGGUCAUAGGGACGCACGGCCGCCCGGUUUUUCAGGUUUCCCAGAGGACCUCUAUCCGUCUUUGUUGGGCGUUUGCGAAUGGAAGGGAAUGGGUCGUUAUGGUCUCAUGGGCAGCUGUGGCGAUCGGCCAAUCAGGUUGAGAGUGAGAAAGGAGAAAAUUCUUCCGACUAUCAAAGCCAAAUCCACAUAUAUAAACCCGAAAAUUCCUCGCAAAUUACAGAUUAUCAAGCACAAUAUCAAGAAAAGUAUAGUAGGAAACAGGUAAUGCAACAAAUGACUUUGACCAGUUUAUGUGUAUUUCUACACCAAAGACCCAGUUCGGUGUAUACAGAGCAGUUCCAUGUGUUUAUGUCAAGUCAAGUAUUCAGUCAAUUGUCAGUAUUCAGUAUUAUUUCCCUUGGCCAUAAGGUAAGUGGCAAGCUCUCUUCGCUGUCAGCCAGGCUUUGAAAAGUAAGAUGGAUAGGGCCGAUUUCACUUGCCUAUCCUAUCUCCUUCUACUUUAGGUGCACCCCAGGAGACUAUUGGAGGAGAGGAGUCACGUGAUAACAUCGUGCAAAUGUUCUUCUACGACGGUGUCAGGACCCUGUCAGCUAUUAAAAUAAGCAUUUGGAAACAGCAAAAUGCAGAACUCGACCUACUGCUACGGUUUGGCCAUUUACAGUGGCUACUCCAAUCAACGUGCCAGUGGAUUGAGUUACGAUCAGCAGAACUAUUUCUCGACCAUUCAUGCGGAAAGUGAUGACCAACGACCGGCCUGUUCCCUGCUGUCCUCCACAGGCUCCGGCACGCUUCACCAAUUUGAAGGCUGCUUGCAGAGCAAAGGAAACCAAGAUACACUAGGGGCCAAUGAUCGACUGUCCCCUAAUAACCUAGCCCAAAACUCAAGCAAUGGGCAAAAUGUAAAGAACUCAGGACACGGUUCUCUAACAUCAGCCACCCGCAAGCAAAUCUUCCCCUGGAUGAAAGAAUCGCGUCAGAACGCCAAGCAAAAAUUAAGUAGGCCUAUCACAAGUUCAGACAGCUGUUCAGGAGACAACAGCCCAACCAACUCUCACACUUAUAAGCGUGCACGCACUGCCUACACCAGCACACAGCUCGUUGAGCUUGAGAAAGAAUUUCAUUUCAAUCGCUAUCUAUGCCGCCCACGGCGGGUGGAGAUGGCAAAUCUGCUCAACCUGUCUGAGAGGCAAAUAAAGAUCUGGUUUCAGAAUCGCAGAAUGAAACACAAGAAGGAUCAGAAGGGACAGUCUCCGAAUAGUCCAGUUCUGCCGACUUCAGGCUCUGUGGCUGGGGGACAGGGAUACAUAAGCUCAAUACAUUCCAUAGUAAACAGUGUGCCGUACGUACUAUCCCCAAAAACACAUAGAAAUGCUCAGAGGAACACCUACCGCCUGUCUACAUCAUAUCCAGAAGCCUUAAGCAAUAUGUUUAACAACUGCCCAUCUUCUCAAAAGGCAUAUAUGGGGACCAGUUCAGCGACGACUGAGUGCGACAUGCACCAUUUCCAAGGUAACAAUCACUUCAGCGAGCAAACGCAGGGCAGUAAUGUAUAUGUAGGUGCUAAUGGAACCUAUGUGGAUAGCAUUGGCAGCACUGGGAGCUCAAUUUAUGACCUGCCACAAAUUCCUCAAGCUGCUCAUGGCAAUAUAGACUACAACAGUUCCAUCAGCAUGGGGAACAGCCAUCAUGAUGGAGCACUGGAGCCAGCUCCAUACACAUACUCAGACUUUAGACUGCACUACUCUCAGGGAAAAAUUCAGGAGGCACCUAAACUGACACAUCUAUAAUAUUAUUAUGGCUUUUUUACAUUAUUUAUUCACUUGCACCCAUGCUGAAUUGACACAACAAACCUUACCUUUUUUAGUCCUCAUGAUUUUCAUGAGUGAGGUAGUUGUCUUUUCUUGUUUUAAAAUUGUUCUUUUUUUUAAAUACAGUGUUAUAUUUUUACAUACUUGACAGACACAGUAGUUAAGAAGUAAUAAGAAGUUGUCUUUUUUUUCAUCUGCAUUAGUCACCCUUCUGCAUAUGAAAUCAUCUUUAAACAGGGUAUAGUCAAAACGGAUAGUUCUGAUAAAUUGCUGCUCCACAUUUGAAGAUUUCCUCUUUAUUUCUUUCAUUCACAUUUUGUUGUACUUGAGGGGAAAUAACCUACAACCUGGACUUCUAUUUCGUCUGGCUUACUUCUGAAAAUCAGGCUACACAGAAAUAUAAAAUUUCUAUUUACUCCAAUACACUUUGAAUUUUUCUAGUAUUCUAUAAAACCAGUACUACAGUAAUCUGGUGUAAUAGAUCUCUAGUAUGUUAUACUAGGCAAAGAAGGCAUUGGUUUCCUACUAUUAUUAGGAAUUUAACCACACGGAUAUGUGGUCUAUUUUGGAAGAUUUUUUAAAAAAAUAUGGUAACCCUAACACUAUGCCUUGGACACACUGGAAAACACUGGCCGCUUGACAAAGACGACAUUUUCAUUCACAAAUUAUAACAGCAAAUGGCAUUUUUGAAUAAAUUCCAAUUUACUUUAUUCAGGUCCUGACCCAGAUGCCAUGUGGACAUUUCUGGAAAGCUUUCUAUCUUCUAUCUAAUGUGACUGAGUAAACAAGUUAACUGUUUCAAAGCAGUGAUGUUGUUCCCAAAUCGAGAAACUGUUAUUUAGGCCACAGUUGACAAAAAUAUCUAAUAUUUUGUCAUAUUUACUACAGUUUAGCUUGGUUACAUCCCAGAAAGAUCUGUAAAGUUCACUGGACAUGCUGCCAAAAGCAAGCUGUAAAGCUUGGAUAUAUUCACAGUGUUUCUGCAAGUCACAAUGGGGUACAUUAUACAGUGUUUUUUCCAAGAAAAUUUUGGGUUUUGGGUUAUAGGUUUAUUUUGUAGCUCAUUAAGGCAGAGUUUUGGUUAGGUUAAAACUCCCAUUUGUAUAAUUUUAAUGAACUUAGUAUUUGUUCUGCGACCAAAUUGGCUGGAACAUUAGAAAAAGAUUAAUCUUGUCCAGUGUCAGUGAGCUUGUGCCCAAUGUAGCCUCAGAUUCCUGUUCAUGGCAUUCAGGAAUGGAAUCUAAUGUGAUCUUCGUCUGUUGUUGUCCAUUCCCCCCUCAAUGUUUGGCAUGUUGUGGGUUCUGAGAUGCUUUUCUGCUCACCAUGAUUGUAAAGCGUGAUUAAUUGAGUUACCAUAGAUUUUCUGACAGUGAGAAACCAGUCUGGUGGUUCUCCUGCAAUCUCCCUCAUCAACAAAGUGUUUCUGUAGAACUGCUGCCCACUUGAUGUUUUUUGCACUUCCACCAUUCUAUGUAAACUCUGUAGACUGUUGUAUGUGAAAAUCCUAGUUGACGAGCAGUUUCUGAAAUACUCAAACCAUCCCACCUAGCACAAACAACCAUGCCUAAGUCACUGAGAUCACAUGUUUUCCCCAUUCUGCUAUUUCUGAUAAGAAAACCCAAAGUGUAUAUUUUACUUAAUUUACUGGGUUAAAUUUUCAUAUUUUUUGCAAGUGCUCACAAAACUAGAAAGAAAAGAAGUAAUGUUUACUUGAAUCAAUUGGACUCUUAGGCAUACUGACCAGAGGAGGACCAUGAGGUUGCUGUGGUGCUGCACAGACAUUAAUGUUUUUUUUCUAUUUCCUUUGCAUAUGUAUAGUAACAAAAUUUAAAUUAAUAGUCAUAUAAUAUGGUAUCUGUGCCAUAUCUGGGUGUGGACAUGGCUUUUGACCUCAACUUGAAUAUUGGCUUUAAGACCAGACGUUGCAUUAUGAAAUAUUUUGCAAUAACAUGUGUUCUUAUUAAAAUGGAACACAAGUUCUCUUGGUUCAACCUCUCUGUGUUUCUCACUCAGUUUUAUGGGUUGUGUGUGCAAACAAGUUCUACCAGGUCAGCAGUCUGUGUAAAGACUGGCCCAAGAAUGACAUGGUCCCAUUAGUUAAUAAGAGCUUUGUUUCCUGUUUGAGUCAUUUUAGUUGCCAUUGACAAUUUAGCAAUAAUUCAGCUAAGUUUUUAGCAAAAUCAGAUUUAUACACAAUAUAAGGUUUAAGUGAUGUGUAAAGUGCGAUGUAUAAUAAGAGAAAAAACAGUUUACGUUAGAUUUGCAUUUUUGUUUAAGCUCUCUUGCAUAAAACCAAUAAGUAAAACAAAGGAGCAAUAGGUGGAUUUACUUGUUUUAUUUGUGCAAUAUUUAACCAUUU